GAAACAAAAACGCAACGAAAAUAAAAUAAACUUAGUAUAUCAAUGAAAAUUACCAAAAACUGAAGAAAUAUUGAACGAAAUUGCUGAUGCAACAUGCAGCGAAAAUUGACCCAAAUUGAAGCCUGAAGUGUCAAUAACACAGAGUAAACAAGCAUUAUUAAAAAGGUUGUUACAGACAAAGUGUUGUGAUAUUGUGAUAUAUCUACAUAUAAGAUGAUUCGCAGAAUUUUAACCGGUAACCCAUUGCAAUUGAAACAAAUUCAGUUUCUCAACAUUGGAUUCAAGAGUGAAAAUUCUACAGAACUCUUGAAACGUGGUGUAACAUAUUGCCGCCAACCUACUCAUGUCUUGAGAACGUAUCUGAGACAGCGUAAAACCGAACCGGAUUUGGAUUGCAUUAUCAAUAGGAUGGAAAAUAGGGUGGAUAAAAUGUGCGCAAAAUUUGAUAAAUCAGAACGUAUAUCCAACAUCUUUCUUAUAGGAGGCGUUUUUUGCACGCUUUGUAUCGAAUUUUGGUUUUUCUGGUUCUGUUCUGGACACUUGAAAGGUAUUAAAGCUAUUCAUGUUGAACAAGAGAAUACACGGAAAUGUUCGGAGAUGUCGUCGUUAUUUAUUUUGUUGAACAGAAGUGCAACGUGCAGUAUUUUUAAACCAUUUUAGCAGCAUGUUUACGUACAGUUUGAAAGUAAUCUUCAAAAUAGUUUGCCUAUCAUUACCAUUUUGGUUAUUUUGAAACUCAUUUUGCAGUUCUCAUGGCAUUUAAUGGAAUUUUCGUACAGCUUUUUCAGUCAUUCGAUACAUUUUUAUACUUAAUGACUUCUCGUAGAUCCAGAUCGUGAUGUUUUGUCAAUUUUUAAUCAUUUUUAUUGCAGUUUAUGUAUGGUAUUAAUUUUUGAAGUGAUUCUUUUACCAAAUUUUGCUAUAUUUUCGUUAAAUUUUAACGAUUUUGAAGCCAAACUUCUCAAUUUUUAUAUUUUUUUGCAAUUAAUGAUGUUUUGUUAAUUUCAAAUGAUUUCUUACAUUUUUUAUUACAAUAUUAAACUACAUAUUUGUAAUAAAGUUAUCAUUACUUUA